GGGAGGGACACUGUGAGUAGGCUGCCCGAUUGUGUCAUGUUAUCGCCACCCACUCACAUGCCCCUAUAAAUUGCUGCACUGAGCCUGUGGAGUUACUGCUUGCUGUGCUCAGAGAUACUCGGAGUUCUACGUUGAAGAGCGGCGGCUUUAACGACAAGAUGGUGAAAGUAAUUGAUUCGAUGGUAAGAGGAUGUGUGUCACACCGGGUUCCAGCGAGUUCAUUCCAGCGGUGUGUGUGUAUUACAGGGUGGUGUUCGUUUCUGAUGACAGGUUUACGGCUGUGUGCUCCUGGGCUGUCUUGUCUUAACAUGAAUGGAAGUUUGUGCUGUAAAAUAAGAAGUGCCAUUCAUUGCUAUGCCCUAGAAAAUGGAUAAUAACUUCAUGUAUCAUACUUUGCCAUUACCGGUGUUGCUGGGACUGUUUACUUCUGAUGCCAAGUCUGUGGAGAGGUAGAGUAUAAUGGGGAACGUAGUCUCCCAGUAGAUGGAGUGACUAAACUAUUCAUUAUUCAGCCUCCUCCAUACCUGAUUCAUGUAAAAUGCCUGCUUUGGGGAAUAUGUGUAUGUUGAUUUCAAAGCAGCAGUGGCACAUUCUGUAGUUUUACACACAAUAUUAUCAGGGUUAUUCAUCCUAGUGAGAAUUCAAAGUGAAUUUAAAAUUUUAAGGUAAAAUAGCCAAGCUGGAAAUCUUCUCAUAGUCUACCUUCAGUUUGGCUUUAAAUGGGACAUUCUCACUUUAGUGACUAACCCUGUAUAUGUGAUCACACAAGUGUAAAUUGUUGGCUAUAGGAUAUUUCUGCCUGAAAAUUGAAAUUCACUUUCGGUUCCUGACAAUUCAUACAUUUAAAUCGGUUCUGUCACUUUCUAGGUUCUUUGCAUAUUUUUCCAAGACCCCACAUGGUGACUGCUUUGCUUGUCUUUCCUUCAUGAGGUACUCCUUAAAAUCCUGUUUCCUCAUCUGCUGGGAGUUGACAUCAGCAGUCUUCUCCCCCUAGCUGUCAUUAGUGAGGUUUUGAAAAAAGUAGCUACUUUUGUCAAGUGUAGGAAAAAUACAUAAGUCACAGUAACAGCUGCUUUAAUUUUAUAGCAAGCAGCUCUACACUGUAAUAUUUUGCCACAUGGUGUAGAUCUUUAGAGUACAUUCUGUUAUCCCUCUUGAUACCAUAUUUAUAGGAUGUGCCCUAAUUUGCCUCUAGUAAUGAGUUAUUUAAUCCAUUUGAAAAUUGUGUUAUUCCCUUUAUUUAUCUCUACUACAUCCCAUUCUUUUGUUCUAGGAACAAUUCAUGCAACAUAACCACUACAUAACGCUGUAGUGGUUAUGGUGCCAGGAGUACCAUUGCACACUCCCACUGUAAGAAGUUAAACCAUUUUAGAACGGUUUGAGCUCAUACCUCAGGUCCACAGGGUUCCGAUCCUGGCCUCCAUUACCUGACCUCAGGUCCACAGGGUUCCGAUCCUGGCCUCCAUUAUAUCUAACAGAGCUUGAUGCUCCUGCUUAGGAUCUUCUAUUCGCUGUCCUGAGCUAAGCCUUGCAGUGCAGAGCUGGCUCAUUGUCUAAGAGUGUCCGCUGAUAACUCUGUCAAUGAGCUAAGCCCUGCACUACCAGACAGCCUUCGUACAGACAGAUAUUCUGUCUCUUUGUAGGAUCAAGUGGUGGCAGGGAGCAGCAGCCCCCAGGUAAGAACAUUUGAUGGGAGAGAAUUGCAAGGGUAGUUCUGGCAUGAGAUCCACUACAGUGGGAAAAGAAUCAUGAGGGUAGGAAAAUCAUCUACAAUAUUUCCUAUAUCUUCUCAUAUACAUCAGAAAACGUAUGUUCCAAUCCAUCAAUGCCAGCAAUAUCUGAUGUGAUAAAGCAGCAUGUAACAGAGGAAACGGUUUAGUGCCACAUUUUUGCUAAAUAUCAGGUCCUAGUAGAACUACAUUACACAGAGUAAUCCCUACUUUAUCAGAAUAAAAUUAAAGGGAUCCUAUAGUGCCAGGAAAACAAAGCCAUUUUCCUGACCCUUUAGGUUUAAUAGGUGCCCUCCCCCCCGAAGAUGAAGGGGUUAAAACCCCUUCAGCUACUUACCUGAAUCCAGCGCUGAUGGCCCUUGGUGCUGGGUAAGGCUCCGUCCACGUUCCUCCCCUGCCGAUGUCAGCCGGCAGGGGAGACCUAAUGCGCAUGCACGGCAGUGGCCACAUGGGCAUUAGACCACCCAAUAGGAAAACAUUAUUCAAUGCUUUCCCAUGAGGAAAAUCUGACGCUAGAGGUCCUUAUACGGAUAACGUUUGGAUUCCGAAAGCACCCCCCUGUGGCUGUCUGGUAGAUAGCCACUGAGGGCAGACUUAGAGCAUUGCAGUUCUCUGCCUAGGUCACUGUUUUACAUUGCACACUAAAUGCAAUAGGGACACCCCUCCCAGACAACUUCAAUUAGUUGAAGUGGUGUGGGUGCCUACAGUGUACCUUAAAGUGGACCACACUUUAAAUAAACAGACCGCUUCAGUGAUGCAAAUCUUUCAACGUACAGGUUUUUUUCUGACAAAAUGCAACACAGUUGGAGGCUUGGUAAACCUCAUACAGAAUGGAUUAAGUAGAGAGGGCACAAAAAAGUAUGCAAAAUGUAUGUGUGUGUGUGUAUGUAUGUAUGUAUGUAUGUAUGUAUGUAUGUAUGUAUGUAUGUUUGUUUGUUUUUGUGCCCUCAUUACUCGAUCUAUUAUUCUGUAUGAGGUUUACCAAGCCUCCAACUGUGUUACAUAGAAGAAACCAGUACUUUGAAAGAUUUGCAUCACUUAAGUUGUAUGUUUAUUGAAAGUGCUGUCCACUUUAAUUAUCUUCGAUCAAUUUGUGAUUUAUGGGCGUGUGUUAGAGAGACACUGGGGGGUGGGAGGGAAACAAUUUGGAGAAGAAAGAACACUUAUUAGAAAUUAAAAAAGGCUGGGGAAAGGUGUUGUGAUUUAUCUCAGGGGGUGGCUUUUUUUUUUUGCCUAGGUCUAUUACCAUAAAAGUGGUGCAAUCAUCAUAAAUGUAUGUGUUUGCACUGACGAGCUAAAUAAGGGAUGUGCUUGAGGCCUUUUAUGUUCUUUUUGCUGAACAGGGCUUAGGAAGUUUUAAAUGUCCUCACUUCAAUCCACUGCAAAAAUACAACCAUGCUUCUGAAAGCUAAUGCAAAUAUCAAGUGUAUAAUCACACAUUCCUCAGAGCCGGUAUAACAUGGGUUUGGCAGAUGAAUACAGUACUAUUAAAGAGUCUUGCUCUAAGUUCAUAAUUUAAAAGUGUAUAGGACACCACACCUUGUCUACUUCUAGGAGGAUUUGGUAGUGCCACAAAAGUUAAAAUUAUAGCUAGCUGCUUCCUGUACAAGCUUAUAGAUGGUGCCAGGGCUUUCAUAUACUUGUAAAAUCUCAUCUUAUUUUUUUUAUUUUGUAUUCUUGCUUGCAUGUUAAUUGGUUUAGGGGGUGGGGGGUGUGAUAAAACCACUCUUUCCUGUAUCAGCAGGUUUUCUUUUCUCAGUUGCAAAGAUCUGCUGCCUGUUUGGACAUGCGUUCAUGUGGUAGGGUAUGAGAUUUAUUUGGAGGAGGGGCAGGGGUUUUCAUAGUUUCUUCAAGAAAGGAAGAAAAGUGUAACAUAAGAGUGAAUCAACAUUUCAUUGUCAGUUACGUGACAGUUCCACUUCUUUCCUUUUAGCUUACAGGCUGCUUUCUAAUUUUUUCCCUGCUAUGCUUGUCUGUUUAUGAUCUACAUAUAUUUUUUGCUGCUUAUGGUACUUUGAUUCUACACAUCCCUCCAAAUGGUAUUGUUUGUUUUUUUUCCUCCUUUUUAGGAUGAUUACCAGAAAGCAAUUGCUGUAAAAGGCAAGCUUGUUGUUAUUGACUUCACUGCUGUCUGGUGUGGACCAUGCAAAAUGAUUGCACCUCUAUUUGAAGUAAGUCUCAAUACUCACCUAGCAGGCAUACUUAAAUGAAAACUGCAGCUGCUUCAGAUGACACACAGCAUUUCACAGUUGCUAAUGUGCACAUAUUGUAGACCAGGGUUUCCAAACCCAUGGUACACGUACCCCAAGGGAUACAAUCCAGUGCCUGUGGGGGUACGUGGAAACAAAUCGGUAAUGGCGGUCCAAACCACUGCACGGGUUGGGAACCGCAAAGGUGAAGGUACAUCGCAUGGCCCUUGCCCUUAGGGCCACCUGUUUGGGGUUUUUUGUGUAUCUGUGUGUUUGUGUCUGUAUUUGCAAGUAUGGAACUAUGUGUCUGUUCAUCUGUUUGUGUCAAUGUGUGAGUGUCAGUGUGUCAUUGUUUGGAUCUGUGUGUGUCUGCAUGUAUGGAAAUGUGUGUGUGUGUCACUGUAUAUCUGCGUGUGUUUGUAACUGUAUCUGCAUGUUUGGCAGUGUGUAUCUGUGUGUCUGUAUAUAUCUACAGGUGUCAUUAUGUGUGUAUCUGUGUGUCCUUACAACUGUUUGUAUUUGUGUCAUUGUUUGCAUCUGUGUGUCUGUGUAUUCCAUGUAUGGUAGUGUCUGUACAACUGUAUGUGUGGCAGUGUUUGAAUCUGUGCAUCUGCGUGAGUAUGUCCUUGCUUAGGUGUGUGUGUCUCCAACUGUAUGUGUGUCAGUGUUUGGAUCUGUUUAUCUGCAUUUGUGUCAGUUUGUCUAUCUGCACAAUGACAACAGAGAGGGCCUGGGGCAGAGGAGAAGCAGGGAGAGCCUGGGGCUGAAGAACAGGAGCCUGGGGCUGAAGAACAGGAGCCUAGGGCUGAGAAAAGCAUAUACACUUGAAAUAACAACAACUAUAUUACUAACAAACAUUUCGCCAAUAUGAGGGGUACAAUUUGUGGAAAUGGGCUGCCAAGAGGUACUCAAGUGAAAAAAGGUUCCGGAACCACUGUUGUAGAAGAUGUCAAGGGAAGAUAACCUGGGUCUGAUUGGAGUUGCUGAUUUCAGGCAGUCAACAAGUCAUAAAUAUGAGUGGCUUGAUUCAGUCCAACUACAUUUGGUAUCAUGAGGGGGCAAUCAUUCCUACAGUCACAAUCCACCAUCUUAAUGUUUUUGAAUUUCUUCAAAUGAAAUCUGCCAUAAUGGCAUAGGUCACCCUGAACCAACUUUGAGCUCUGAUAGUUACAGAGAGCUGCAAAGAUUUGUUUAGAAGAAGAAAAAAAACUAUUCACACAGCUGUAACAGUCAAGGAUCCAUAUAUAGAAACUAAUUUAAUACAAUUACAUUUGUUUAUUUAUUGUCUUUCAGAAAUUAAGCAUAGAGAUCGUUAAAGCUGACUUUUAUAAAGUAGAUGUGGAUGACGUGUCGGUGAGUAAGCUAUAUUGUCUUGUUCUCUGCAUGGCCUUCAUAAACCUAUUAAUAUAGAAAAUGUUAUGGUUGUUGGUAGUAUGUAUUAAUUGUACCAUAUUUCUAAUAUUUUAUUGUUUUGUUAUAAAACACAUCUAACAUGUAGGUAUUGAGAUAUAGAACACUGACUCAGUUUUAUUGUGUCAACAUUCAAACUGCUAUAUUAUAAAAUGUUAAUAUUCUAUUAUUCAAACUAUUUGAAUCAGUUUAUGGUUUAUUUUUUUUUAUUUAUUUUUUUAUUAUGUAUAUUGUAUUGCUUACUCAGCGUUUUUAUUAAUAUAUCUUUUAAUUUUUUUUAGGAUGUUGCGGAAUUCUGCAAAGUCCGUGCUAUGCCUACAUUCAUAUUUUACAAAGAUGGGAAAAAGGUACUAUAACAUUUUAACAAAACUUUUUUUAUUGUGGAUGUGGAGUUGUACCUACCCCUCCCCAAUUGUAAAUAGAGAAACCUUUUUUGAAUGGUUUGAUGAAUUACUUGGGGUCUGCAAUGCACUGCUUUCCGCAUCUACAACUAAUGCUGAGAGCUAAAAGUUUCUAGACGGAUGCUAAAACAGCCCAUUUGUUUUACACCAUGAACAUAGCUGUGUAUAAACUGAUUAAAGCUGUUAAUGUCUAUCAGUUUAAAGUGCAGUUCUAUUAUUUCUGUAUAAUGAUUUGAACUGUUCCUUGGGGAUAAAUUAAUUCUCUCUUUAACCCUGGAUGGACAUAGAAUUCUGGGUUAAGAAAUAGACCAUAAGACACUUCUGAUUUGAGUCCAUGUGGGAGGGAUCUGUGUGCAGCUUCAGCAGAGUAACGUGUAUGAUAUACAUCACUAGCAACCUGCUAAUGGCCAGCCUUUAGGAUGUGCGAGCUGCGGAGUUGCACAGGGCACCAUGACAACAGGGGCACCUGGCGGCCAACACAGCUCGCAAUUAGAGACUGGCAUAUUUCCCUGGUGGACCACUUGUGUACUCCAGCAGGGAGCUGUGGUCAACCAUAAUAACCUCGUGAUUCCAGCACUCAGUGAGUCAUAGCAUGAGACUUUUUUAAUUCAUGUGACGUGGUGUGUGUUGUGUGUUUGUUUUUGUUUUUUUAUUAAUGUAUGUAACUUUAAAAGGGUAUAUCUGAGACUAUUUUGGUGUGUCCAUGUAUCUGAUGUCUUAUGGUGUGUAUUGGUUCAUGUCUGACAAGGUUAUUCACCAAAAACAAUUGUCAUAUUAAAGAGAAUUCCAAAGUCGGCUAGGAAAUCUACUUUGAAUUCCCAACAAGUUUGACUUUAGUAAAGUCCCUAUUAUGUAUGUUGGUGUAUGUGACCCCAUGUCUGUAUGUAUGAGAUUUAAACUGUGCAUUUCUAGGUCUAGUAAUGUAUAAGGGAUGUAUAGUACUGUAUAUAGGGGUGCAUACAUCCAUAUACAGCAAACUGAAAUAAGGAAAAAUAUUUAUAUAGAAGCUUUGUAAUAAAAAUAUGCAGUAUAUACAGAUCUUUACACUGUUUAAGGGGGCAUCACAGAGUCCAGAGCUACCUCUACGCAGAGGGUAAGCAGAAAGUAAUGCCUGCUUGUCCACCACUAGACACCAGGGAUCCUUGCCUCCUCUGUUCCUCCAAGUGCUCAUGACAGUAAGGACUGUUUGUUUGAUUCUUGUUACGUACUGUUUUAGUAUGUGACUGAUAUGGUGUGCAUAUGACUGUCUGGAUAUGCAUGUGUCUGUGUUCAGUAUGUAGUGCACAAAACAAGAAAGUCCAGGAAAUUGGCAUUCUAAAUCUUAACUGCCUUUUUCAUAACACACAUUGCCAAUGUUUCAGUCAUGAACUAUGAUCUUUAUCAUGCUUUUGAUAUAAUAUAACACACAUAGGCAAUGUUCCAUGAAAAAGGCUGUCAAGAUUUAGAACACGGAGUGCUUGGACUUCCUUGUUUUGUGCACGAUGUAUAUCUGGAGAUUUGGCCACCUCCAUAGUUUAGAGCACCCUAUUCGUUUUGCUUUAGGUCAUUCAAAACAAACUGAUUUCUGUGACUGGAGUGCAGUCCCCUUUAUUAAACAUUGAUGUGUACAGUAUGUGACUGUUAUGUGUCUAUGUAACUGUGUGUGCCUUUGCAUGUGACUGGUUACGUCACGUUACGUGAUUGCAUGUCUAGCUAUCUAUGCAUGUGACUGUGUAGUUGUGUACAGCAAAAAAGGGUGUUUUGACAUGCAAGAUGUAAAUGGGAUUAGACACACAAGAAGUAACAAUAGGUUAAGAGACCAGACGGUAAAAAUAAGUGACACACAAGGUAGGAAGAGGGAAUUAAGAGAGACGCAUAAGGGGAUGAGGCGAUGUUAAGCACAACUUAAACGUUUAUUCUUUUAUCAGUUGGCAUAGUAAGCAAUAACUUGUGCCAAAACAGCUCAGAUGGGAAAUCAUCCCCAGAUGAGCUAUAUUGGCCUAGAUCAAGCAUGUGAAACUCAAAGGCUAACAUUUGUAUGGAGUAUGGAUGUGAAUGUUGGUGUUUGAAUACAGGUGUGCAUUUGUGUGCAGUGUAUACACUUACACACAACCCCUAGUUUCCCCACACACAGGUACAGAUGGACACACAAAUACACGCACACUGACACAAAAGGAUACACACACAGACAGGAGGUGAGGGUGAUAGUGUGGGAGGGAGUGUGUAUGUGCUGGUGAUAGUGUGGGGGCGCAGGGUGAGAAAAGGUUACAGUGGGGGGAGCAAGGGCUACAGUGGGAAGGGGGGCAGAGUGAGAAGGGGUUACAGUGGGGGCUGCAGGGUGAGAAAGGGUGGCAGUGAGAGAAGGGAUUACAGUGUGGGGGGGGGGCAGAAUGAGAAAGGGUUAGUGUGGGGGGAGGGGGGAGGAGCAUGGAGGGAGGACUGUUUCUUCCCUUUAUUUUUAAUAUAAUAAAUUCCUUGGUGGUCCAAUGUCUCCCUGACUGUCCAGUGGGUUUGCAUUUUUUUUUUUUUAAACAAAAACUGCACUUUCACUGACCAUAUCAUUGUUUGAUAAGUUGUACUGUUUUGAAACACUCAUAUUUGUGUUCAACGAAGUCUCCCGAGUAUAACAGGUCGCCCCCCCAAGUUACAGGGUCAAAUAUAAGGCUUGCCCAUUUCCUUUUUUUUAAUUUUUUUUUUUUAUUGAUAUUUGUCAUUGGUUAUGUUGCCUUUGAGACCAUAUGGUAACGCAGGAAUAAGAAUUACCCCAUGAUGGCAUACCAUUUGCAAAGAAGACAACACAAGGUAUUGUAAUUGGGGUAUGUCCAGUUUUUUCCAGUAGCCACUUAGUCACAAACACUGGCCAAAGUUAGCGUUCAUAUUCGCUUUUUGCAUUUUUCACACACAAACCAAUAUAAAUGCUAACUUUAGCCAGUGUUUGUGGCUAAGUGGCUACUAAAAAAGAGUGGACAUACCGUGGGAUGUCUAAAUUAAUAAAAAAAAAAAAAAUUAUAAAUAUAAAAAACACUGGUAUCACCAGGGUGGUAUCACUGUACUCAGGUGAUGUUGCUGAACACAUAUUAUGGUGUUUUGGCAGUAACCCUUAAAGUUCUCAGUGCAUGUAUUAAAUUGCUAUGUGUGUCCAAAAAAAAAAAACAUUUGGAAUAGCAAAGGGCUAAAAAAAAAAAAGUUAACAUUGGGUUUUUCUAAAAUCCGGACAAAAGUUAGAAACAAUGUAGCGCAGGUUUUUUUUUUGUUUGUUUGUUUGUUUGUUUUUUUGGGCGGUUGUAGAUGCGCAACAGAUUUUGGGAGUCAAAGUUAAAAAAGUUUUUUUGUUUUUUUUUUAAAUUUAUCAUUUUAUAAUUUGUUUUUAUAUUAAAUGAUAUGAUGAAAAUUAUGGUAUCUUUAGAAAGACCAUUUAAUGGCGAGGAAAAAGUGUGUGUGUGUGUGUGUGUGUGUGUGUGUGUGUGUGUAUAUAUGUAUAUAUAUACGAACCUUGCACACAGGCUCCUGAGACUUCCAAGACCGGGUGCAUAGCCUGGGCUUCAAUAUCGAUAUAAACAAGUAGGAUGGCUGCACUCACGGAUUUACAUUUAAAAAAUAACUUUUUAUUCAGUUUCCAUAAAAUAAAUCGACGUUUCAGUCCACCUUGUGGACUUUCAUCAGUGUGUGUGUGUGUAUAUAUAUAUAUAUAUAUAAUGUGUGGGUACAGUAAAUGAGUAAGAGAAAAAUUACAGCAAAACACAAACACCGCAUAAAUGUAAAAAAAGCCCCGGUCCUUAACGGUAAGAACAUUUUAAAACUGUCUGGUCACUAAGGGGUUAAAUAAGAGGAAUAUCAAUGUUAUCCUCCCACAAGUCUCAUUUGUUUGGUUUAUGGGAAGAUUUAUUUUAAAAAAAUAAAAUAUUUUGCAUUGUUUUUCAUACCACAGGGUUUCUAAAAUGUUGGCAGAGUAUAAUCUUCAUUUCUAAUAUUUUGACAGAUUGAUGAAGUAUGUGGUGCUGACAUAGACGAACUGAAGAAGAAGAUCUCUGCGCAUGUAUAAAGACUACUAACCCUUUCUGACUGACAACUAAUUGUCAAAGGCUGCCAGAAAACCAUGUUUGUUUGUUUUUUAAUCUAAACACUCAGGAAUACUGACAUUUAAUUUAAAUACCAAUAGUCUCAUGUUUACUUUUGGAACAUAACUCCAAAAUGCUAGAAGUGAAAUGGGUCCACAACACAUCUUCUUUAUGACUAUAUAUUGGGUCUGUACCUCGGAGCUACAGUAGCAUUUAACUUGUAUUGCUGGAAAUUUGUCAAAAUGGAAAUAAAAAAUUAUCAGAGAUGGUCUUUCAUUUUUUUUGUGUUGUGUAUUUAUUAAAACUUUUUUUUUUUUUAUCCAAAUGAUAACGU